GGGCUCUUGUGACGCGCAUGACAGCCGUUGUAAAACUCAAGACGACAGUAAAUACCGAAGAGAGGCAGACAUUCCGUCAACAAAUACAUGUAUCUGUCAGACACAGCAGAGGAAGUGCUCGCGAUUUUAAAGCUCGCAGGGGUCUAUACGUGUCCAAAAACGAUGCCUCACCAACAGUAAAUGUGUGCAGGCCAAACGCUGAAGUCCAGACAGUCUCACACUUGCACCCAGGAGUCUCUUCUUCACCACCUUGGCACUUAAAAUACUUACAUGAAGAGGGGCGAGAAACCCGAGGGAUACAGACAGAUGCGACCCAACACGUUCCCUGCGAGCAGUGGCAAUAGUCAACAGAUGCUGCAGGAGAUCCGAGAGAGCUUGAGGAAUCUGUCCCGGUCGGCAGACGUUCCCAGAGCUGACGUGAGCGUUGGGAAGGGACCGCCGGACGAUCCCAGACAACAGGGGCGCAGCAACAACCCCAGGAACCCCCAGCAUCACCGAGCACUGCAGGAGAUCCGUGAAUCACUCAUACCGUUUGCUAAUAAGGCUUCCUCCAGCGGAAACAACGCAGAUAUCAACAGACACAUGCUGCAGAAGCUGCAGGAUGCUGGCUUCGAUCAGGCGAUGGUGGUUCACGCUCUGAAGCAGACGAACAGUCAUAGCGUGGAGGCAGCCAUCGAGUACAUCAGUAGGAUGAACUUCCAGGAGCCUGCGAGGGAGCAGAUAACAGCACGUCCUGUCAACACAGCCAUAAAAAACCCAGGUCCAUCCCAAAUUACACCGACAGUGUUGCGGCGCAAGAGCUGGAAGGGUUCAAAGGAAUCUCUGGCCCCACAGCGACACAGUGCUCUAAUGAAUGAUGGCAUGAUUUAUCGUCCCAGUAGCCCUGGACCUCAAAGCGACCUCUCACGGCCUGCUACCUUUCCUCAAAAUCUUGCUGCUGGAGCUAGCGGUCAACGAGUGAAUCCUCCCCUCCCACGGCAGGUGCGUAGCAUCACUCCUCCUCCCAACUCAUGGGACUCCAAUCCCUCAACCAAGCGUUAUCCUGGGAACUCGGAUUACAUGGUGCCUCAGCUCUCUCCUGUGCCUCAGGUGCCCCGCCCCGAUGGCUAUAUAAACCCUCCAUCCCAGGCGCAGCAAGGGAUCAGUCCAGUGUCUGUGGGUCGGCAACCCAUCAUCAUGCAAAACCCCGGGGGCAACAAGUUCACCUUCCCUCCAUCCUGGCCUCAGAAUGGCAACAUACAAAGUGAGUAUGUGGGCAUUAAUAGCAGUGGUCGGCAGCCACUCCCGCCUCCCUAUUCCAUGAACCAGACUAGCAGACAGAGUCCCACGGCCCAGCAGAUGCAAUCCAGCGCUCUUGCUGCAACCUCAAAUGGAGCCAACCGCAAUAGCCACAACCUUGAUAUGUACAACCUUGGGGUACUACCCCAGGUCAGACCUUCUGUGCAGCAGCCUCAGACUUCCCCUGGUCACAGCACCAAUCUGGACGUUCCUUUGUCAUGGCCCCACAGUGUGCCGGGACGCUCCAACUCCUUCACCAAUGCCCAGCCCAGUGGACGUCAGUGUCCAUCUGUGCCCAACUCUCAACCUUCCGGCACGACUGUCACCACCAUUACCCUGGCCCCCAUUUUGCAGCCGGUGAAGAGUAUACGUGUGCUGAAGCCAGAGCUGCACACUGCUGUGGCCCCUACGCACCCACCUUGGAUACAGCAGCCACCGCCUCCAUCCUCCGCUUAUCAAGAGCCGUCUGCCCCCACGGCUGCCCCCGAAGUCCCCAGCUACCAAGGUCCACCCCCUCCUUAUCCUAUACACCUGCUACAGCAUCUGCCCAACCCCGGCCCAAAACCCAGCAACAAAGAGGAGGAUGGAGUCGACAACGACACUGACAGCACCUGCUCCAGCGAGCGUACUGAGGGCUUGGAGGAAUGUGAAAAGAAACAGAUCACAACAUCUCCCGUGCCGGUGAGGCGUUGGAAACGUAACGAGGAGCGCAAAGGGGACAGCAGAGUUCCCAUGUACUCCCCGCAGGCUUUCAAGUUCUUCAUGGAGCAGCAUGUGGAGAACAUCCUGAAGAACCACCAGCAGAGGAUCCGAAGGAAGAAGCAGUUGGAGAGCGAGAUGCAGCGGGUGGGACUCUCAAGUGACGCUCAGGAGCAGAUGCACAUGAUGCUGUGCCAGAAAGAAUCCAACUACAUCCGCCUCAAGCGCGCCAAAAUGGACAAAUCCAUGUUUGAAAAGAUCAAGACUUUGGGAAUCGGGGCGUUUGGAGAAGUGUGUUUGGCUCGGAAAGUGGACACGGGAGCGCUGUAUGCCAUGAAGACCCUCCGUAAGAAAGAUGUCCUAUUGCGGAACCAGGUGGCCCAUGUGAAAGCUGAGCGGGAUAUUCUCGCUGAAGCUGAUAAUGAGUGGGUCGUCCGGUUGUACUACUCAUUUCAGGAUAAAGACAACUUGUAUUUUGUCAUGGACUACAUCCCUGGUGGGGACAUGAUGAGUCUUUUGAUAAGAAUGGGCAUUUUCCAAGAGGACUUGGCUCAGUUUUACAUUGCAGAGCUCACCUGUGCUGUGGAAAGCGUCCACAAAAUGGGUUUCAUCCAUCGAGACAUCAAACCUGACAACAUCCUAAUUGAUCGUGAUGGACACAUUAAACUGACAGAUUUUGGCCUGUGCACUGGCUUCCGAUGGACUCACGACUCCAAAUACUACCAAAGUGGUGAUCAUGUGCGUCAGGACAGUAUGGACUUCAGUAAGGAGUGGGAGGAUAGUGCUAACUGUCGCUGUGGAGACCGACUGAAGCCACUGGAGCGCAGAGCCGCUCGACAGCAUCAGCGCUGCUUGGCACACUCAUUGGUGGGCACUCCCAAUUACAUCGCCCCUGAGGUUCUGCUGCGCACAGGUUACACCCAGCUCUGUGAUUGGUGGAGUGUAGGUGUUAUCCUCUAUGAGAUGGUAGUCGGUCAGCCUCCUUUUCUGGCAACAACUCCUCUUGAGACCCAGAUGAAAGUGAUAAACUGGCAGACGACCCUACACAUCCCCCAGCAGGCCAAGCUGAGUCCGGAGGCCACCGACCUGAUCCUGAAGCUCUGCCGUGGCCCGGAAGACCGCCUAGGGAAAAAUGGAGCUGAUGAGAUUAAAGCCCAUCCCUUCUUCAAAAGCAUCGACUUCUCCACAGACCUGCGGCAGCAACACCAUGCGCCUUACAUCCCCAAAAUCACACACUGCACUGACACCUCCAACUUUGACCCCGUUGACCCCGACAAGCUCUGGAACGAUGACACUGACAGCAACCAUGACACACUCAACCGCUGGUUCAAGAACGGCAAGCACCCCGAGCACGCCUUCUACGAGUUCACCUUUCGCCGCUUUUUCGACGACAAUGGCCACCCGUACAGCAGUCCCAAGCCCAUCGAGUGUGAGGAUUCAGACGGGGAGGAGGACGAGCCGGUCAACCAAUCCAAGGGGUUCGGACCUGAGCAGGGGCGGGAUUUAGUCUAUGUUUAGUGUGAAUGUGUUUGUGUGGGAGAAACUAACAAGAAAUCAAAAGAAACCAGCCAGAAAUUAUAUUUUAUACGAGCACGAAUAAAGCAAGCCUGUAAUGUAGGACCAUUCAUAUCAGCAUUGUGAUUAUUUUCAUGACAAGUACAUUUCAAACCUCAAUUUUUCAUUACUGUAAUGCAAACAAAUAUAUCUAAUAAUAAUUAUACAUCAUAGUAGUAUUUUUUUUUUCUUGCUGCCUUUAUGCUGGUGUGAAGAGAUAAUGCACGACUUUGCAUUAGUCAUUUUUUUAUGUAAUUAAAAUUUUUAGAGUAAUGCAAUUAAAAUAAUGAAAAUGAAGGGAUUUUGGGUUCAAAUGUGUUUAAUUCUCAUGAAUAUGGCAACAAUUUUAAAUGGCCUAAAAACUGGCUGAUUUUUAUUAUGCAAAAUAAAUUCUUAUUUCUUUUGAUUUAUUGGUAACAUCGGGGCAUAUUUUUAUGAGACGCACCUGUAGGAUGUGUUUUUAUAUGUUUGUGUUUGUUUCUCUCUUCCAUCUUUGGUGGUGACUGGUUGAGUCUGUCUUGACACUUUGUGCUGUAUUUAUUAUUUUUUAUUCAGGAUGCACUUGUCUUGUGCCUUUUAAAAAACUGAGAAUCUAAUGAUGCAGUGGAGCUUUGUAUUUUUACACUAAUUUAUUCAAAGACUUUUUUUAAUGGUAGCUGAAACAAGUUGAGUAUUUUCUUCCUGAAAUAAUAUCUUAAUUUAUGAUUGUGCGGAUUUGUUUCUCAUUCUUACCGCCACACAGGGACUUUGAUUCUAUGCUUUCUUUUACCAAAACUAUGAGGGAGAUCAUGUACGCUGGUAAAUUUAGCUGAUUAUAUGAGUUUCCCAGAUUAAACUUUGUAAAUUGUUGCUAUGCGUGUGUUUUUUUUUUUAUACACAUAUAAACUGUAUAUAUCAGUUGCAGUGUAAACUAGUACUUUUCUCGGUUCUUAGUCCCAAAGGUUUAGGAAAGAAACCAUGGGCUAGAUCCUGUUCUGUUUCACAGGAUAUGAUGUUGAAACAUGUUCUAUGGUACAUAUCACUACAGAUCCUGAGCAGAACACAUUUGAGAACCCUGCUCUGGUUUCUCUUUGUCAUGAAGAGAACUUGCUGUGUCACUACCAAAGCCUUCUGUUUUUCUGCAAGAACUGUCUCCUGGUGUCAUCGUUUUAUAUUUUUCUGAAAUCUCUCAGAUAUACUGUGCAUCUUAUAAUGUAAUAAACUAAUUUUCUUUGAUUAAACUGGUUCUCUUAGACCCAGGAAAAGCAUCUGUAGCUACUUUGAGUGUAAAUUUGCCUUGAAUGGGAAAGAAGAUGGGGUGGUGAUAAAUAAAAGCACAAACCACA